CGUAUAAAUUGUAGUCCGCCUCGCGAACUUCUCUAUUGUUUCUUUGAGUUUGCCAAGGAAUCCAGCAAAAUGGCGUCCAACAAACGAGACCUUAAAAUUAUUUCGAUCGCUCAGCUUGUAAUGGCAGGUAUCCUCUUCGUUCUCGGAAUGGUAGAUCAUUUUGAAGUUCGCUACAUGUAUGCCAGUCUCAUAUUGAUGCCAAUUUGGAUUGCUCUACUUGUCAUACCCAUCGGCAUCAUGGGAUUGGUUUUGACAGUGAACGGGUCCAGACCGUCCUCUGCUUUGAUGAGCGGCCUGAGGUCAGUGAGCAUUGCAUGUGCCGCUCUAUCAGUUCUAACCACAUUUACCUAUGCGAUGGCACUCAAUAGCAUAUUAUUCAUCAAAUAUAUGGAGGCAAAAACUGAAUACCAGGAAUCUCCAUGGUUUGCUGACAAAGGUGCAAAAAUCGAGUUCCGGAAAGAGGAAAAAACAAUGAUAGCUGUACAUGUCUUCAUUAUCAUAUGUUCCAUCCUCGAAAUUAUACUUGCCAUAGCAAGUGUUCGGACCGCGAAGGCCAUGGCUAAGGAGCCUCAAGACACCCAGCAGGCAAGCGCUGCCUAUCGUGUAGUGGCAGAGGAAGAUGUCCCUUUGUUAUUCUCGAGUUCAGAUCAAGAGGCAGCUUAGAUGGUAUCAGUUCCAUACACUGCUGUACAGAGGGCGACCUGAUGUAAUUUAUCGCUUUUUUAACGCCAUGAUAGCAAAUUAAUUGUUACAACCACAAAUCCGAGAAUGUUAUUAGAAGUAAAAUUAGCAUUUGAUUUUUUAUAUUUUGAUAUUAAUUAUUUUUUAAUCUUCUUUU